AUGCCACCAGCCUUCUGUAAACAGCUCACUGGACAGACAUUGCAAAAGGCUGUUCUGAAAAGUUCCUUGGGGCUAUGGCAUGUUAAAGUUGGUAGCUGCUGCAAAGGAAGGUUGUACUUUGAAGAAGAAUGGGAAGAUUUUGUGAAGCACCAUGGCCUGAUUCUUGGAGAUUUUGUGUUCUUUCAACACAAGGGAGGCAUGGUUUUUGAUGUCUUGGUGUUGGAUUCAAGCACGUGUGAGAAAGAUUUUCCACCAGCCACUAUUGGUUUGGCUGAAAGGAAAAAGAGAUCAUCCCGUGAAGCUAAGAGCCAUCAUCAUCCCAGGAAUUUGAAAGGUCAAAGCCCUCCCGAAGAUGCCAAAUCCUAUUCUGCCGAGGGUCCGCAUUUUAUAACAACGAUGAAAAGAUCCAAUGGAUGCAGUAAGAAACCAUAUAUGAACAUUGUACAUGGUGGGCUUGAGGCUGAUGCUCCACCAUUUUGGGUAUUUUUAAGGCUUCUUGACGAGUGGCAAAGGUUGGGUUUAGGUACAACAUGCUUCAAACUGAAUAUCCCCUCAGAAUUUGCAAAAGCAAAUCUUGUUCAAAGAUCAAGGGUGAUUCUCCGGGAUCCCUCCAAAAAAUUAUGGCCAAUGAAACUUAAAGGUCGGGUUAUCAAAGGUGGUGCAAAGGUGUAUGCACGAACAUUCAUAGGAAAGGGAUGGUAUGAAUUUUAUGUUGCCAACAAGCUGAAGCCUGGUGAUGCCUGCCUCUUUGAGCUUGAUCUCACCAGAAAAGUAUCUGCUGUUAUGUUGAUGGAUGUACAUAUUUUCCGAAACGAUGGCUUGUAA